AUGGCAAGAUUAAUAGGUAAUUCCAAUAUUAAGAUCAGAAAUCCUCUCUUAAAAUUAUGUUAACCAAUUGCUUCCAUAUCUAAAUUGAUUGCACUCAAAAUAGUGUUUGUUGAUGAUGUUUCAAAUCAUUACACUAUUAAUUGCAAGAAAGUAAAUUAUUUUUACACUCAAGGAAAAUAAAUUAAGAUUGAAAAAUUGAUGGAAAAAGAGUUAAAUCAAUAUUCUGAUUUAAAUUAACUUAAAAAUCCUAAAUAUUAUUUUUAUGAUUUAAAUGGUAAUUAGAUUACCAUGUAUGAUCAAUCUAUUGAAACCUAUCUUGUUAGUACAAAAGAUAAUAAUCAUUGGUUAUAUGAUAAGAAAUAUGAGAAACUUUUAUAUUAAAUAAUUCAAAUGGACACAAGUAUUAUAAGCAAUAAUUUAUCUGAUGAUAAAUCAAGAAAACCUUCCAUAACAAAUUCAAAUUAACAAAUUACAAAUAAUAAUCCUUAUGAUCACUUAAUUCCGUAGAGUAGUUUUAGAUCUCGAAUACUAUAGAAAGGAAUAUAAGAUUUAGAAAAUGUUUAUGAUAAUUUUAAAAUGACAAGUCGCCAAAAUUCAGAUCCGUUUAUAAUAACUAAUUGUAAAUUUAAAACAACUCAUUAAUCAUUCAGUUCUUAAAACAAAGCAUCAAAUUUAUCGUAUAAUAAAACUAAUGCUCCUAAUUCUACUUCUAGACAUUAUUUAACUGAACAAGAAUAGUAUUUUAUCGAUAAUAUGUAAAAAUGUUAAGAUGAGUUAGAUAAUUUCAUUAAUAAAUUAAAAUCAAAUUUAUCAAAAGAAAAUGAAGAAAUUGAAAAGAUAAUUCGAUUUUAUGAAAACGUUCUUUAUCCAACACCAAAAAGUAGAGCUCUUGAAAUGAAAUAAAUAUCUACUUCAAGUCUAAUUAGCACAAAAUUAACUAAGAUAUUAGGAAAGUAAUAUCCAGCAGAUACUUAAACACCAAAAGCUUAUGUUCCUUAAGAAAAGAAAAUGUUACACAAAAUACCACCCUUAUUACAUCUAAAUAUACCUUCUUUAUAAGCUAAAUAUAGAUUAAAUAGAAGUUAGCUUUAUGCUUUUUUUUCACUUUAUAAAGUAUUGCAUCUUAUUUCAGGAUAUAUGAAAAUAAAAAGUAAAUAAUUAUAAGUUGAAGGAAUUACUUAUGAAGUCUAUAGAAAUGGAAUUGAAACUAUUUAGGAUUAAGCAGAAAAUAUGGCAAGGGGAAUAUUUGAUAUAAUAGAUAGUCGUUGUUCAGGUUUUUUAGAUUGGGGAUAAUUUUUAUAUUUAAUGAGUUCAGUAUAAGCUAAAACAAGAGAUCAAAGGAUUGAUUUAUUUAUUAAAAUAGCAGAUUCAAAUAAGGAUGGCUAACUAUCUUAUUAAGAAGUUGUUAGAUUGAGUUAAUAAACAUUAUAGAAGUUCAUUAAAAAUGGAAAUAGAGAAUUUUUGGAUGAAAUGUCAUAAUUUUUCUCCAAAAUUAUUUUUGAUUCUGUUGGAGUAGAUUAUCAAUAAGAAAUUCAAUUUAAUUAGCUAAAAGAAGUAAUAAAUUAAGGACAUCCUAAUUCAGACUUAUUAUGUAUGUUUUGUGGAGCAGACUCUUGA